GGCCCGGGGCGGGGGGACGGGCGGGACGGUCCCCGGCUCCGCGGGCCCGGUGCGGCCGCGCUCGGAUGAUGAAGGAGCCAUGAGGCCGCUGCGGGGAUGGCUGCUCGCCCUGCUCCUGUGGCUCGGCCCGCGGGCAGGUCCCGCUGUGCAGGCCCCGUCGCUGCAGCGGAGGCUCCCCCGGGCCGGAUGGCAGGACGGGAGGGUCACUUCCCAGAUCACCCACCCCAGCAGGCUGGUGGGACACAGCUCGGGAGGAGAGGUCCAGAGGCACCAGCUGGACACCAGGGUCAGGAAUGAGCCUGGAGCAGGAGGAGGUCCUGGGCUGCAUCUGGCGCGGGUGAGCUUCGUGGUGCGUGCCUUCGGCUCAGCCUUCACCCUCGACCUCCAGCUGAACCACCACCUCCUCGCCUCCCACUACGUGGAGCGGCACGUUGGGGCGGGCGGCAACGGCAGCCACAGCACGGGUGCAGGGGAGCACUGCUACUACCAGGGCCGGAUCCGGGGGCAGCCCCACUCCUUUGCAGCUCUCUCCAGCUGCCAGGGCCUGAGUGGGGUCUUCUCGGACGGCAGAGCCACGUUCCUGAUCGAGCCCCAGGAGGGCAUCGAGCACGGGCAGGGCCUUCGGCCGCACGUGGUCCAGCGCAUCCCCAACUGCUCCCAACCGGGCUGCCUCUUCCCCGUGUGGAACCAGCGCAUUGCGGGCGGGUUACCAAAGCUACGGCGGCGGCGGCAGGUCCGCCGAGCCCAGCACACGGUGCACAGUGAGACCAAGUACAUUGAGCUGGCUGUGGUGAACGACCACCAGCUGUUCUUGCAGCUCCGCAAGUCCGUGGUUCUCACCAGCAACUUCGCCAAGUCCGUGGUCAACCUGGCUGAUAUGAUCUACAAGGAGCAGCUCAACACCCGCAUCGUGCUGGUGGCCAUGGAGACGUGGGCCUCGGAGGACCGGAUCCGCAUGGGACAGGACUCCUUGGAGACACUGACGGAGUUCGUGAAGUACAGGCGAGAGGGACCAGCCGAGCACAGUGACACCGUCCACCUCUUCUCGGGCCGGACCUUCCAGAGCAGCCGCAGUGGCACUGCUUUUGUGGGGGGCAUCUGCUCGCCCGCCCGCGCCGGGGGUGUCAAUGAGUACGGCAGCGUGGCAGCCAUGGCAGUGACACUGGCACAGACACUGGGGCAGAACGUGGGGAUGAUGUGGAACAAGCACCGCACGGCCGCAGGGGACUGCCGCUGUCCGGACUCGUGGCUGGGCUGCAUCAUGGAGGACACAGGGUACUACCUGCCGCGGAAGUUCUCUCGCUGCAGCAUCGAUGAGUACAACCAGUUCCUGCAGGACGGCGGCGGCAGCUGCCUCUUCAACAAGCCCCUGAAGCUCCUGGACCCCCCAGAGUGCGGCAAUGGCUUCGUGGAGGCAGGCGAGGAGUGUGACUGCGGCUCGCUGGCGGAGUGUGCCAAGAGUGGGGGGAACUGCUGCAAGAAGUGCACACUGACCCACGACGCCAUGUGCAGUGAUGGGCUCUGCUGCAAGGGCUGCAAGUAUGAGCCGCGUGGAGUGUCCUGCCGGGAGGCUGUCAAUGAGUGCGACAUCCCCGAGACCUGCACUGGGGACUCCAGCCAGUGUCCCCCCAACCUCCACAAGCUGGAUGGCUACUUCUGUGAGAACGAGCAGGGCCGAUGCUAUGGUGGGCGCUGCAAGACCAGAGACCGGCAGUGCAAUGCGCUGUGGGGCCGCGGCUCAGCCGAGCGCUUCUGCUACGAGAAACUCAACGUGGAGGGGACCGAGAGGGGCAACUGCGGUCGGGAGGGGCCGGGUUGGCUGCAGUGCAACAAGCAGGACGUGCUCUGCGGCUUCCUGCUCUGUGCCAACAUCUCGGGGGCUCCGCGGCUGGGGGAGCUCAGCGGAGAGGUGGCAACAACCACGUUCUUCCAUCAGAACCGCUACGUGGACUGCAGGGGGGGCCACGUGCAGUUGGUGGACGGCUCGGACCUGAGCUACGUGGAGGACGGGACCCCCUGCGGGCCUGGGAUGCUCUGUCUCGACCGCAGGUGCCUUCCAGCCACAGCCUUUAACUUCAGCUCCUGCCCCGGCAGCUGGGACGGGAAGAUCUGCUACGACCACGGGGUCUGCAGCAAUGAGGGCAAAUGCAUCUGCCGGGCGGAGUGGACGGGGAAGGACUGCAGCGUCUACGACCCCAUCCCCGAGCCGAAGCCGACGGGGGAGGCGGAGCGCUACAAGGGUCCCAGUGGCACCAAUAUCAUUAUCGGCUCCAUCGCGGGGGCUGUACUGGUGGCUGCCAUCGUCCUAGGGGGGACAGGCUGGGGAUUUAAGAACAUCCGUCGAGGAAGGUACGAUCCGGCUCAGCAGGGAGUGUAACCGUCCCCCCCCCCGUCUCCGUCACUGUCACCGUCACCUGACAGCGUGGGAGCCCCCCCGGCCGGGCCCGUCUGUCCGUGUCGCUGUGUGUCCGGCCGUGCUGUCUCCAUCUCUGUGCCCCCCGCAGCUGAAAAGAGACAGGGGUUGAAGGAGGGAGGGGGGGGGGACACUGGCAGCAGCCACCUCCCCCCCCACAACACCAGUUGCUGGCUCUUUUCAGCUCAGUGUCCCCCCCCAUGUGUCCCCCCCAUGUCACAGCCCCUCACUAAACGCACCCCCACUUCUGUGUUGCAGGUCCGGGGGGGCCUGAGCAGAACGGCUCUGCCCUGCUCCCCC